CCGUUUCACAAAUCCCCUCCUCCCCCCCCUCUCCCUCUCUCUUUCUCUCUCUCUCUCUCUAAAAUCUCGAAUCUGCAUCUUCUCUCUUGCUCUGGUUGAAUUCUCCCAUUCGUCAUUAAACCUUGCCGCAGCUUAUCAAUUCAUUUCCAGUUUUUCCAUUUCUCAGUAAGCUACGUUUGUGGGGACAUUCGAUUCCGCCAGAUUUUCCCUAUUGUAUUUCUUAGGGUUUCAUAUUUCUUUCUCUGUUACUCUCAUAUCUUCUUCCUCUACUUCUUUCUUUUGUUUCUUCGCCUUUUGGAUUUCCAUUCUGGUUUUUUGUUCUUCUUGUUUUGUUUUUGUUGAUCGGAACCCAAAAAAAAAUUGAAAAAAAAUUGAAAAAAAUUAAAAAAUUCGAUUGUCGUAAUUUUUGAUUUGGGUAUAUUUGAUUUGGGUGCUUCCUUUUUAGUUCCCUUUUUGUUCAUUCACCUGUGAUUCGAUCUGGGUUUACCUUAUAAUUGCGAGAAAACUCCGUGAAAUUUUGGUGUGCUGUGUUUUUGUUUGCUAUCCGAAAUUGAGAGUUCUUUUUCCCUCUUCUUUUAGGUGGGAUCUUCUCUAUUAGUUCUUCUUUUUUUUCCCCUUUUGUACUUUUCCUUGUAGCAAUAGGAAAAUUAUUGGGUUAGGGUGUAUAUGUAAUGGCUUUGAAUUUUUCACAUCGACCGAUUUUUCCCUCUCAUCUUACGGAGGAGAAUUUGGUUUCUUCGAUGAACAUUUCAAGUGGUUUUGUUGUCGAUGAUGUUUCCGAGAGGAAUUUUGAUGUUUAUGGGACGUCCUGGCUGAUUAAUCGGGAGCUCGUGGAUUGCCUUAAUUUUUUAGAGGAUACCUGCGAAGGGGGUGGGACGCGAGAUUGUGUCCCGGGGGAUGUUUUGGAUCUCUUGCCUUCAGAUCCCUUUGAUAUGGAUAUAAGUACUACUGUGACAGCGAUCACAGGCUGGCUUGAUGAUUUGAAUGUUGACUAUGGUAGUGGAUAUGGGAGAGAUGAGAGAGUCCCAGUUGAUGAGAAUUAUGAGCUUUUUGCUGGAUUGAACUAUAUUUGGAACAAUGCUUUUAGGUUCCAGGCGUUUCCCCUUGGAAAUGGAGGAAAUUUUCACGGUACUGGUGAGCUGGGGGGAUUUGGUGCGUGGUCAGAUGAGAGAAAAGCAGGUAGUGCAUCCUGCCAUUCUGAUUCUGAAUUACCGUAUCUUGUGGAUACAAUUCAGACACUUGGUAUUGAACCUGAAAUUUCUGGAGAUGGGCUCAGUUCGUGGUCUGAUGGGAUAAAAGCCGGUGCUUUAUCCUGCCAUUCGGAUGCUGAAUCAACAUAUCUUGUGGAUACAUUUCAGACUCUUGGCAUUGAGCGUGAAAUUUCUGGAGAUGGAUUCAGUUCGUGGUCCGAUGGGACAAAAGGAGGUGGUUUAUCCAGCCACUCUGAUCCUGAAUCACAAUAUCUUGUGGAUACAUUUCAGACUCUUGGUAUUGAACCUGAAUCUGGUGAUGGAUUCAGUUCGUGGUCUGGCGGGAUAAAGGCAGGUGGUUUAUCCUGCCAUACUGAACCUCAAUCAUCAUAUGUUGUGGAUACAAUUCAGACUUUUGGUAUGGAACCUGAAAUUUCUGGAGGUGGAUUCAGUGCAUGGUCUGAUGGAAGAAAAGCAGGUGCGGUAUCCUUCCAUACUGAUCCUCGAUCAUCAUAUGCUGUGGACACAAUUCAGACUCUUGAUAUCGAGCCUGCAAUUUCUGGAGGGGGAUUCAGUGUGUGGUCUGGUGGGAUGGAAGCAGGUGGUGUGUCCUGCCUUGCUGAACCUGAUUCACCCACAUAUGUUGUGGAUACAAUUCAGACUUUUGGUGUUGAACCUGAGUUUUCUGGAGAGGGAUUCAGUGUGUGGUCAGAUGGGAGAAAGACAGGUGGUCUAACCUGCCAUACUGAUCCUCAAUCAUCAUAUGUUAUGGAUUCAAUUCAUACUCAUACUAUUGAAUCUGAAUUUCCUGGAGGGGUCUUCGUUACAUGGUCUGACGGUAGAAAAUCUGGUGUCAUGUCCUAUUUUACUGUUCCAGAAUCACCACCAUAUUUAGUGGAUACAUGUCAGACUCUUGGUACUGAACCUGAAACUUCUGGGGUGCAACCUGUAGUUCUUCACGAGGAAGACUGUGUCCCGAUUGAUGCAAGUGGACCUCCUCAUGCAGCUUUUAGUUUUGUGCUUGGUUAUCUUGGCACGCGGGAACUUCUUCUUGUUGAAUCAGUUUGCAAGUUCCUGCAGUCAACUGCAGAAGGGGAUCCUUUCUUUUGGAGAAACAUUAACAUAUGUGGAAAGCCGGAUGUGAAAAUUACAGACGAUGUUCUCUUAAGAUUGACUAGCAAGGCUCAAGGUGGUCUGGAAAGUCUGAGCCUUGUAAACUGCGUAAUGAUAAGUGAUGAUGGUCUUAACAAGGUGCUUCUCAAUAAUCCUAAAGUCACGAAGUUGUGUGUUCCAGGAUGCACAAGACUCACAAUUGGAGGUAUUGUUGAUAAUUUGAAAGCCUUCAAAUCAAGAGGUGGACCAGGAAUAAAACAUUUAAGUGUAGCAGGAAUAUACGGAGUAACAGAAGUGCAUUAUAAAGAGUUGGAGAAGCUGUUAGUAGGUAUUGAGAACUUAACUCAACUAGAUACUUGCCAGCCUCGAUUUUAUCGAGGAGGUGAACCUCGUUUUCCAUCAAGUGAUGGUGGGCGUGCCAUUGACAUAGAAAGAUGUCCAAAAUGUAUGAAUAUGAGGAUCGUUUAUGACUGCCCGGUGGUUGGCUGUAAGGGAAUAAAAGAAGGUGACACCGACCCUGACACCAACAUGGCGCGAUGCAGGGCAUGCACCAUUUGUAUACCUCGGUGCAACUGGUGUGGACGCUGCAUUGAUGAGACAGUACAUGAGGAGACAUUUUGUCUGGACUUGCGUUGCAUUGAUUGUGGGAAGGAGAUAUCCAAAUGUGAAUAAAGAGGGAGGAACGCCAACCGGGGUUCAUCUAUCCUUACUGAAUCAAUUCUUGCAGCCUUUUUGCUUCUUGGUUAUAUUAUAUGUGCAUAUAAGUUAAAAUUUUCAGAUUGGUUCUUGCCAGAAACCUAUUUUGAACAGCCAAUGAUCGUAGGAUUGAUUGGCAUUAUCUCAAUCCAAAUGUUGGAUCUUUUUAGACCUUUGAAUGAAUCCAAAGAAAAAAAGAAAAAGAAAAAGAAAAAAAAAAAGAAAAGAAAAAGACAGACUCCUGGUAUCUGAAUUGGUGCCAUGGUUCUGGAAAUAACUUUCUGCUUCUCCGAUUUAGUCAUCUUGACGUCGGCUCUCCGUUUUUCUUCCUCAAGCUCUACUGGGAACUUGCCUGUUGAAGACUAUCAUCAUCCGUGCACACAAUUCAGAACGUUCGACUGUUGAUGAAGUCAGGAGAGAAGAUGUCAUUUAUCUAUAGGAUUUGGUCGUCUUUAUUAUUCAUUACGUCCUGUUUCUUGUCAUUGUGGUGGUUCUUCAGUAUGUCGAAGUUAUGCUUUUUGUGUCAGACAGUUCAUGUUAUGCUCUGUUCCUUCCCUCUCUUUAAUUUUCUACGAACUUGUUGGUCUUACGACUUUGAUUGAUGUCCUAUUUUUUACUUCUAUUGCGUUGUGGGAAUCCUAAUGUCAUGUUGUUGUUGGGAUGUGUUUCAAUAAUGAAAUAAAUGAAGUCGAACGUUCCUGUAAA